AUGCAUUCGGCUUUGUCUCAGCAGAUCCAGUGUCCGAUAUGCCUGAACCAUUUCAAAGAUCCCGUGUGCCUACCCUGUGAGCACUCUUUCUGCAGGGGCUGUAUCACCCGUCUCAUGGAGUGUAACCCUCACGACUUGCGCUGCCCAGAGUGCAGAGGCCCUUUCUCCCAGCACGACGUCCGCACGAGCCGGCUCCUGAGAAACAUGGUUUACGCGACGAGAGCGCAUCUAGAGGAGCACGAGGCCCUGAAAAAGAGGGUGGACAUGAUUGGCACGGCAGCCGCGACUCCGAACAGGGAUUCACCUGAGCUUAUUUGUCCCAAACACAACGAGCCAUUUAAACUGUUUUGUGAGACGGACCAAAAGCUCAUAUGUUUCAUCUGUAGAGAGGAAAAUGUCCACCAGGGGCACAAGUUCAAAACCAUGAACGAUGCGGCCAAAAUUAAAAAGGCAGAAGCAAACGCAGUGCUGAAGGUGUUAUUCAGUGAGGAUGAACAACUGACUGACAUGAGUAAGAAACAGCAUGACGAGAUGUCAAAAACCAAGAGCAAGUCCGAAUUCCUUGAGGCUAGGAUUUCUGCACAGUUUGCAAAGAUGCAUAAGUUCCUGACUGAGCGGGAAGGGGAGUUGAAGAAAACACUGAGGGAGAAUGAGCAGGAAGUAGUGGGACGGAUGGAGCAAAAUGUACGUACGAUGGAAGAGCUACUGUCAGACGGAAAAGAGGAGCAGGGGACUUUAGUUUCGGCCCUCGAGACAGACAAACCAGACAGCUUUCUUAAGUGGUGGAGUGAACAAGGAAACCGUAUGGUUGAGGGAAUGCUGAACGAGAGAAUUAAACCAAAGCUGGAAAAUGUUAGUGUGAUAUCUGACUGUCUCUCCCUGGGACCCUACGAGACUUACCUGCAGUUCUUUGCGUGGAAGGAGAUGCUGAGAACCGUCAAUCCAAUUCCUCGUCGUCUUACUAUGAAGGACAACGAUGACGCAUGUCUAAAAGUGUCCCCUAGUGGACGCUUUGUCCAACGGUCAAGCAAGAAGGGUAAAUUUUCCACUAAGAAGUAUAACAUGCCUUUCACCAGCAGCGCACAGUCUUUCCGUCAUGGACAGCACUACUGGGAGGUGGAGGUCGGAGAGAAACUCUCCUGGGUCGUUGGUGUCAGUGUGAAGGAAUACAGCCAUGCAGACACAGUGCUGUACUUCAGCUCUGAGGAAGGUUACUACAUCAUUCAGUACGGUAGCGGCACGGCAGCGGAGAGAGCGCUUACAGGCAUCGAGGAAAAUCUCCGAAAGAUAGGAGUGUGUCUGGACUGUGAGAGAAAUCAGGUCUCAUUUUAUAAUGCUGAAGGCAUGACUCUCAUCGAUGUGACGGAAUGUGAUUUUAACUCUCCUCAUUCACUGUGUGUCUCCCCUGGACUCUAUCAUGAUGGGAAGAACAGUGAUCCAGUAACACUAUGUUGGUAUUAA